CAUUGAUAAAUAAGUUGGAGAUAGAUAAGAGCAAUUAGGUAAUAAUAAAAACAACAAUAAACCGUACACAGCAGUGAGUGAUAGAUGCUCGAUAGUUUUGUGCGACUGCAUAAAUAAAACAUGUUUGGACGACAACUUGUGCUCGUGAAGGGAUUUCAAAGUAAAAGGUGUUUGGAUUCAUUAAGGACGAGCGUCGCUCAAGUGGCCAGACUCAGCGGUCUGAGCUACAAGCACCACGCCGGCUCCUACCCUCUGAAGUACGCCUCCUUGGGCCAGGUGGUGGAGGAGGCGGCGGAGAAGUGGCCCGACCGCCCCGCGGCGUUGUCGCUCUAUGAGAACAAGACCUUGACCUUCGGCGAGCUGCUUAAUGAGUCAGACAAGGUCGCCGCGUCGCUGCGCGCGCUGGGGCUGCGGGCCGGCGACCGCGUGGGCAUCUGGCUGCCCAACUGCACGCAGUGGCUGGUCGCCAUGCUCGCCGCCACCAGGAUCGGCCUGGUCUCUGUAGCCAUCAAUUAUAUGUUUCAAAAGAACGAGCUUGAGUAUGCUCUAAAGAAAGUAGGUGUAAAAGCACUCAUAGCGCCGGGAUCUCGCUUCGGCAAAAACUACUACAAUAUACUCCAAUCAGUGGUGCCCGAGUUAAGGACUAGUAAACCCGGAAAGCUCAACUGUGAAAAGCUGAGUGAAUUGAGGACUGUCAUUUUGGCCGAUGAUGACAAUGAUUCUCCCGGAGUGUUCGCAUUUAAUGAGCUAUUAGCUUUAGCUCCAAUGGAAGAUAUAAACAGGAUAAGCAGAGAAGUGCAACUCAUCAAUCCAGACUCCGCUUGUAACAUUCAGUACACUUCUGGCACUACAGGAACUCCGAAAGCUGCAAUAUUGUCCCAUAAUGGUAUUAUCAAUAAUGGGUAUUCCGUUGGAAUACGAAAUGAAUUGGAUACUGGCCACAAGAAGAUCUGUGUUCAGGUGCCACUAUUCCACGUGUACGGCGUGGUGAUCACGAUCUCGGCGGCGCUGCAGCACGGGGCUACCCUGGUGUUCCCCUCGCCCACCUACAGCCCCAAGGCCAAUGUCGACACGCUGCUGGCAGAGAAAUGCGACGUGAUCCACGGCACGCCCACCAUGCACAUAGACCUGGUGCACGAGGUGCGGUCGCGCGGAGCCACCCUGGCUUGCGACGUGGCCGUCACCGGGGGCUCCCCCGUCACGCCCAAGCUGGUCACCGACCUCGCCGAUGUGCUGAAUAUUAGGAAGGUUAAGUCGGUGUUUGGAAUGACUGAAGGCACCGCUGUAAGUUUCCAGUCUCUGCCGGGCGAGGACCCUGAACGACCACUGACCUACCUUGGUCACUUGCAGGACCAUACGGAAGCUAAGGUGGUGAACGAGAAGGGCGAGCUAGUUCCCUUCGGUACUCCCGGAGAGCUGCACAUCCGGAGCUACGCACGCAUGCUGGGCUACUGGGGAGAGGAGGAGAAGACCAGGGAGACGAUUGAUGAAGACGGCUGGCUCCGGACUGGUGACCAAGUGAUACUACACGAAGACGGCUACGCGCAGAUAAUGGGCCGACUGAAAGACAUCAUCAUACGAGGCGGAGAGAACAUCUCGCCCAAAGAGAUCGAAGACGCCAUCAGCAGCCAUCCGGAUGUUCUGGAAUGCCAGGUAUUCGGCGUGCAAGACGAGCGUCUCGGCGAGGAGAUCUGCGCGGCAGUGCGCCUGCGCAGCUCGGCGUCACUCGACGCGCGCGCGCUGACGUCACACGCGCUGCAGACGCUCAACAAGUUCAAGGUGCCCAGGAUCUACAAGGCAGUGGAGAGUUAUCCGAAAACCGCGUCAGGGAAGGUCCAGAAGAAUAAGUUGAGAGACAUGGUGGAGUCGGGGAAAUUGUAAACUGUGAUUAAAGUUUGUUUUGAAUUUAAACAUAA